AUGACACUGUCUAUCGUCUACCCGCCCAAAGUUAUCAGGACGUCGCCUGCCAUCUACAUCGCGGCCGUCCGCGGCCUCGGCGAUGCCAUCAACACCCGGACAGACCCAAAGCGGAAAGCCUUCUGGUUGAGAAACACGUGGUCAAGAGUCAUUCGCUGCGAAUGCACAGCCUGGGCAGCCAAGAGGGAAAAGGAGUGA